AUUCGAUGUGCAGUUGUUUAUAAUUGUAAAUAAACAUGGCGGAUGCGUCUUCUGACGUUCCUGAGCAUUGCCCCGGGACGGAGAGCGAGGAUGCCGGCAAGGUGUCUGCGUGCCAGGGCUGCCCGAACCAGCAGAUAUGCUCGUCCGGUGCAGCGAGGGCUCCCGACCCAGGCAUUGCGCUGGUGAAGGCUCGCCUCACCCCUGUGAAGCACAAAGUGCUGGUGCUCUCCGGGAAGGGCGGCGUGGGGAAGAGCACCUUCACUUCUCUCCUGGCGCGCGGCCUGGCCGCCGAGGACCCCAACAGGAAUGUAGCAGUCUUGGACAUUGACAUAUGUGGUCCUUCUAUACCAAGAGUUAUGGGCGUCCUUGGUGAACAGGUUCAUCAAAGUGGAUCUGGAUGGUCACCGGUGUACGUGGAAGACAAUCUGUCGGUGAUGUCAGUUGGUUUUCUUCUCGGGAGUCCUGACGAUGCCAUAAUUUGGAGGGGCCCGAAGAAAAAUGGAAUGAUCCGGCAGUUCCUGAGCGACGUGGACUGGGGCGACCUGGACUACCUGCUCGUGGACACGCCCCCCGGCACAUCCGACGAACACCUGUCGGCGGCCCAGUACCUGCAGGGGGCGGGGCUGACGGGCGCGGUCGUCGUCACCACGCCCCAGGAGGUGGCGCUCCUGGACGUCCGCAAAGAGAUCGACUUCUGCCGCAAGGUCGGCGUCCGCGUCCUGGGCGUGGUCGAGAACAUGAGCUCCUUCGUCUGCCCCAAGUGCAAGACGCAGUCUGCCAUCUUCCCGGCUAAUACGGGCGGAGCGCGGAAGAUGUGCGAGGAUCUCGGGGUGCCGUUCCUGGGGCAGUGCCCCCUCGACCCUCGCCUGGCUCGAAGUUGCGACGAGGGGAAGAGCAUGGUGGCAGAUCACCCCGACUCCCCGGUCGCUGCUGCGCUGAAGAACAUCCUCCAAGGUUUGGUGGAUGCUUGUGAGAAUAAACCAGUCCAGUCAAAUGGCUGCUAGCAGCAUACUAUGUAGUUACUGUGGCUUUGAAAGAACUCGCAUUAUCAGGAGCGAUUGUGAAAUGGAAAUAUGCUACACAAUAGCCUACUCGCUACACCAAUCUUCACAUUAUAUUUUGUGAUCAUGUAAUUAGUCAUGGACUGAUGGCCAUUGUGAUUAAGGUGAAUUAUAAAAUUGGAAGCUAUUUUUAUACUUUUUCUCUUGAUAUUCUUUGUAGUUUCUUUUAAAUAUUAGCAUGUUUCAUUAUUUAGAAAAAAAUCAUUGGUUUUGUAAUGUAGUGUACAGUACUACAUGCAUGUACAUACUAGUAUACUUAUAAUACAUUCAUAAUAUUAACUAUUUUCUGUGUUAAUUAAAAACGAAGGAUUCCAAAAUAAUUUUUUUCUAGACUUUUUUUAAAAACAAUAAUAGUCUUUGUAGAAUGAUACUGUUUGCUGCUUAAGUUGUUUUAAGUCUUCCUAGAUCAAAUACAUAGCGUAUCUACAGAACUGAUGUAUCCUUGUUUAACCAUUUUGUUACAGAAUUAAUUGUUUUGAAAAUGUGUAUUUUCAAAGAUACAUUAAAAAAAUGUAUAAAUAUGUUCCUAAAAAUUUUUUUUUUGUUAAGACAACUAGUUCUGGUAUUUGUAAAUAAGGUAUGAAAAAUUCCCCCCUUAAAAAAGCCUUUUCAAACUAUGAAAAAACUUAAGAUCACUUUUCUUAGCCCUAACAAAGAAUUAUCAACACACAAGAAA